CUGCUCCCGCGCCUCUGCAGGACGGUGUCGGGCGGCACAGCCCCGACCCCGGCGUCUUCACCUGUGCAGGAAGCCGGGGGACGAGCCGGCGCUUUGGGCACGUUUGACCUUGGCUGAAGAAAAAAAUUAGCCUGUAUGUACUGCUUUAACCACUGGAAGAAUGACAGAUGACAAAGAUGUGCUUCGAGAUGUGUGGUUUGGACGAAUUCCAACUUGCUUCACUCUGUAUCAAGAUGAGAUAACUGAAAGGGAAGCAGAACCAUACUAUUUGCUUUUGCCAAGAGUAAGUUAUUUGACGUUGGUAACUGACAAAGUGAAAAAGCACUUUCAGAAGGUUAUGAGACAAGAAGAUAAUAGUGAGAUAUGGUUUGAAUAUGAAGGCACACCACUGAAAUGGCAUUAUCCAAUUGGUUUGCUCUUUGAUCUUCUUGCAUCAAGUUCAGCUCUUCCUUGGAGCAUCAUAGUACAUUUUAAGAGUUUUCCAGAAAAGGACCUUCUACACUGUCCAUCUAAGGAUGCAAUUGAAGCUCAUUUUAUGUCUUGUAUGAAAGAAGCUGAUGCUUUAAAGCAUAAAAGCCAAGUAAUCAAUGAAAUGCAGAAAAAAGAUCACAAGCAGCUUUGGAUGGGACUACAAAAUGACAGAUUUGACCAAUUUUGGGCCAUCAAUCGGAAACUCAUGGAAUAUCCUGCAGAAGAAAAUGGAUUUCGUUAUAUCCCUUUUAGAAUAUAUCAGACAACGACUGAACGGCCCUUCAUUCAGAAGCUAUUUCGUCCUGUGGCUGCAGAUGGACAGCUGCAUACACUAGGAGAUCUCCUCAGAGAAGUGUGUCCUUCUGCCAUUGCUCCUGAAGAUGGGGGAAAAAAGAAUCAAGUGAUGAUUCAUGGAAUUGAACCAAUGUUGGAAACACCUCUUCAAUGGCUGAGUGAACAUCUGAGCUACCCAGAUAAUUUUCUUCAUAUUAGUGUCAUCCCCCAGCCAACAGAUUGAAGGACCAGCUCUUGGCCGGGAUAGAGCUACCCCGAAACAUGAUUUACAGAGCAUGUCAACCUUUGCUUCAGUUAGGUUUGGUGGAAGCAACCUGACCAGAGACACUUUGCUGCUGCAA